CUGCGGCCGGCAAAGAAAACGCCGGAGAUUUCCAACAUCCAGCAUGAAAGCAAAAAGUCCUAAUGAUUUUUGUCUCCCUGUUGCCUGCCUUUUGUCUAACAACGCAGCGCGCCCCAUUUGCAUCGGUGUGCGAGAAGCAAUGACUUCCAAAGAACACAGCAGCCAAAGCUUCCCUUGGAGCUGUCGUGCGCUGUGAUCUUCAGGAUGUCCCUCACACUGGCGUGGAUCAUCGUUCUUCUCACCUGUCUCUCCUGCUUAGGAGUGAUGCCCAGAACUUUCAAGAUUAAGUAUUGUGUCAGCUUGUGGGGGAAAAACAUCACAUGCUACUGGGAUCUUCUGCCAGAGAUGGAUUCUCCAACCAACUACACCCUCCAAGUUACGGAGGAAGCUGGACGCUGCCAAAGAGACUUUGGCCUCCCCAAGAAUUGCGUGGCUGAUCCAGGAGAACAUUGGUGCGGCGUUCCAGUGGAGAACCUCUUUGCUUUCUACAAGAUCAGAUUAAUUGCACAGAACCAGCAGCUGCGGACUGAUUCCUUGGAGAGGUGCCUCCAUGGAAUGAGCAUUGUGAAACUGAGUCCACCAGCAUUGAACGUGGUUGCACGCCAAAGCCGCUGCCUCCAGCUACAAUGGAACCUGCCUGGGGAUGAGCUGAUAUCACCCACGGAGGCCCAGUAUCAGAUCCAGUACUGUGACUUAGUAGAGUUGUCUUGCCUGCAGGUAAACUUUACAGCAGUAGAGAAUGGACCAAUUUCUGCAAACAUCUGUGGGCUGUUCCCCUUUACCAACUACUCUGUCCAAGUACGGGCAAAAUAUCUGCACACUUCUGCUAUCCAAAGUGAUGGAGAUCCCUUUUGGAGCGACUGGAGUUUGGAGAAAGUUGCAAGGACCCUUCCAGCAGCUCCUUCCCAAGGGCCAGCGUUCUGGAGAAAACUCGGAAGACCCACUGCUGACAAAGAAAGAGCGGUUGUCCUGAUGUGGAAGCCCUUGAAGCCCAAGGAAGCCAACGGUGAGAUUUUGGGGUACAGUCUCUACUCUCAGAGAAAAGGGGAGCCCCUGGUACCCAAAUGCAUCACUCACCACCUCCAGUGUCGUCUGCUCCUCCCAGCCAGCGAAGAAUUCGCCUUCUAUCUCACCGCCAAAAAUACGGUCGGCAUCUCCCCUGCAACCAAGCUGGUGAUCCCCCCAUUCCCUAACUUGGAAGCCCCACCUUCUCUAUCCAUCCUGGCGUCUUCGGCAGGAGACCACUCCCUCCACUUGCAGUGGUCUCUUCCCAGCACCCCAAAGAUGGACUUUGUUCUGGAGUGGAACAAGCUGCCCGAGAAGGAAGGGGGAGACCCACACUGGCAGUAUCAGCCAGAGAAUGUCAACCAUGCAACCAUUACUGAGGCCAUCAAGCCCGGGAAUCUUUAUGCCGUGAAGAUCUUUGGACUCGUAAAUGGAAGUCUCCGGGCCUUUGGUUCUUCUCAGGCUUACUCCAAGCAAGUUGCUCCACUUCGGGCCCCAGUUUUAUAUCCCACUCAGGUCUGGAAAUCUUGGGUGGAGCUGCAGUGGGAGAGGCUCCCAUUGGAAGAACAAGGUGGCGAGAUCCAGAAUUACACCCUUUACUACAAGGAAGAGAAGAUGGAUGACUAUCGGGCCGUGGUGCUGGAUGGCACGGUGCAUCGCUACGUCAUCAAUGGCUUGGCCCCUGGCUCGACUGUGAGGAUGUACAUGGUGACUACCAAUGAAGGUGGAAGCACCAGAGGAUCCAUCCUGUCUAUCCGCACCAAGAAUUAUGACUACGGGGAAGUUGAAAUCCUGCUCUCCGUUUUUUGCAUAGGGUUCAUCAUUCUCCUCGCAGGAACUCUGGUCUGCAUUUCCAGACAUCAAUCACUUCGGAAGUAUCUAUGGCCACAGAUUCCAGAUCCCAGAAAAAGUAAUUUGGCUACUUGGAUACCACAGAACGUGUGUCUGGACUUCACUUCUCACUGCAAUGAGAAAUGGAGCCAGGCUUACUUUGGAGUAACCAUCAGUGACCUCCUCAAGGUCUUUCCUUCUCAACCUGCGGAGACAGACCCACAACUCCUCCUUGGAAAGCAGUGGCUGGCGGAGUCUCCCAACGCUUUGCAGAAGGUUGUCCCUGUGAUGAAAAGCGGGACGGCAUCACGAGAACCUGCAGACCAGCAGCUCCAGAAAACUCUGGCAACUUGGAAUGAGGUGGAGUACUCCAGGGUGCUGGUGGUCAAAAGCAACCCAGGACCAGGUGAAACCUGGAGCGCUCCUCCUUGCAUGUGGUCCAGUUGCUGGGAUCUGGCCAAAACGUGCCCUGAACCACCCUUGGGUCAACAGUUCUGGGUUCAGAAUUUGACCUACGAGACCUUAUUAGAUGUCAAGUCCUACAACAGGUCAACCCCCGAGUCCAUGGGUGAGUUUCCACUCUUGGUCAGUCUGGUGACAGUGGAUGGAGAGCUACACUCUGUGGAAAAAUCACCCCCCUAACCCACUGCAAACAGAUCUCCUAAGACUUUAGAUCUGAGCCAACUUAGAAGUUGGCCUGUGGAAAAAAAUCCUUCUUUGGGUGAUCCUCAAUUCUUCAACCGGAUGGGAAGAAUUUGACGCAGCAAGAAUUCACUAUUUGGGAAGUUUGAAGACAACCGUUUGCUGAUCUGAGCUGCUAUUAAAAAAAAAAACAACUCUUGCCUCUUGAGAUUUUGCAGAAAAUGUCAUUUCCUUUUUAGCAUGUUUAGCUUCUGAGUUUGCCGGUGUUAAUUGCCAACACGGCCCUGUGAACGGUGGUUCUUUGAAUAAAGAGCAAAGGUUUUAAAAGGCGUUCUGCUAGCCAACUUCAGCUGGCCAAGAUUUAAUUGACAAUGGGGGUGAAUUUCAGACAAUAAUGAGUUUGCGUGCAGUUUUUCUUUUCUUUUUCUUUUUUCUUUUAACCUAAAUUAGAGUUCAACUUCCAGUUGAAAAAAACAGAUUUUCCAGGAGAAAGAGAGGGGAAAAAAGAGAAACUCGAAAUGACUUACUCAAUCCUUAAGGAUUUUUCUUUCUUUUUUAAUUUUAUUUUUUAAACCAACAAAACAAAACAAAACAUAACACAGAUACUCACACAGUGUAUACUCCUCCCUUUUUUUUAACAGCGAU